AAGUGAUGGUCAUAUAGAGAAUAGAAACAGUGUACACAACAAAUUAUCAAUUUAGAAUAGACAAAAAGGCAUUAUCUUUUUGUGCGUUUUAAGCCUUUUUAGUAUAUGAAAAAUGUCAUAUAUGUGUGCUGCGAAAAAAUGUGUGAAAAUUGAUAUGCUUCGUAUAUUGAGGGAAUGGUAAUAGGGUUUUUGUGCUUUAAUUGCCAGAACCUUAUGAUGUUCUGGCAGCUAAUUAUUUGUUCUUGAAGUUUAGAAAGGCGUAACCCCUCAUGGGCCAUACAUUUUCUUCACCUUUAGUCCAUUUUUCUAUGCACAGAUUUUGUGCAUUGAAGUAUCUACACAAGAUUUAAGGAUUCAACUUUUGCAAGAGGCUACAUCGAUUGAAUCUUCGAAAGGGACGGUUUUUAUCGGGCUAUUUUCUUCUCAAAUGGUAAGAAAAUGCUGACCUUUCCUAGGUUAGAUCUCUUAAAAUGACCCACUUUAAGCUGUUUGUUUAAGUGAGUGAUUGCUUUGGUUUGAGCAGCUAUAAACCUCGUUCUUGUGUGGGUUAGGAUAUACAUUGUAAUUCUUUUGGUAGGACCUUUAUUGUAUGAGGUUUUGAUAUCCUUUCGGGUAUCUUUUCUGUUUGGAUUUUUGGAUAUUAACCAAGUUAGGUUACAUCAUUUUGCCAAUUUAUGCUGUGUAAUUUGGUACAUUAUCGUACUGCUACGAUUUCUAUAUCAGAAGGAUAAAUAUACUUCUGGUUCUUGGCCUUUUGAGAUUAUAUCUUCAGUAGAUGAAGCCAUUGCUUGGGUUUAAUAUGAGGGUAUUUAGGCUUUUAAUGGUUGCCCUUUGGUUUCUCCCGGCCCUCGGGCAGCUUCCUUCCCAAGACAUUUUGGCAUUGCUUGAGUUCAAGAAAGGAAUCAAGCAUGACCCAUCAGGUUUUGUUGUUGAUUCAUGGAACGAUGAAUCCAUUGACUUCAAUGGCUGUCCAGCAUCUUGGAAUGGGAUUAUGUGUACUGGUGGUAAUGUGGCAGCUGUUGUUCUUGACAACUUGGGUUUAUCCGCUGAUGUGGACUUGAGUGUUUUCUCUAAUCUUACAAUGUUAGUGAAACUCUCAAUUUCAAACAACUCCAUAACUGGGACAUUGUCCAACAAGAUUGGUGACUUCAAAAGUCUCGAGUAUCUGGACAUUUCUGACAAUAUGUUCUUCUCAUCAUUGCCACCUGAAAUUGGCAACUUGAGGAGCUUGAAAAAUCUUUCAUUGGCUGGGAACAACUUCUCUGGCUCGAUCCCAGACUCAAUUUCGGGACUUGCCUCGAUUCACGCUUUGGACUUGAGUUGUAAUUCACUUUCUGGGCCACUGCCAUCAUCUUUGACGAGAUUGACAGGUCUGGUAUAUCUUAAUCUAUCUGUUAAUGGAUUCACGAAAAGUAUCCCGAAAGGGUUGGAGAUGAUGACACAGCUUGAGGUGCUCGACUUGCAUGGCAAUAUGCUUGAUGGUAAAUUGGAUCCAGAAUUCUUGCGGCUUACUACUGCGAGUCAUGUUGAUCUCAGUGGAAAUUUGCUUGUGAGUUCUUCUAAAGAACAACGGAACUUUCUACUCUCUAUUUCUCCCACUGUCAAUCAUUUAAAUCUUAGCUACAAUCUGCUAACGGCAUCGCUUGUUAGUGGCGGUGAAGUAGGUGCUUUUGGGAACUUGAAGGUUCUGGAUUUGAGCUACAAUCAGCUGUCUGGGGAACUACCUGGAUUCAAUUUUGUUUAUGAUCUUCAGGUCCUCAAACUCAGCAACAAUAAAUUUUCAGGGUUUAUUCCUAACAAUCUUCUGAAGGGAGACUCGUUGGUUUUAACUGAGUUGGAUUUGAGCGGCAAUAAUCUUACUGGGCCUAUAAGUAUGAUAACGUCAACAACUUUGCAAUUUCUUAAUCUCUCCUCAAACAUGCUUUUCGGUGAACUUCCAAUAUUGACAGGAAGUUGUAUUGUGAUUGAUCUUUCAAAAAAUCAAUUUGAGGGAAAUUUAACCAGAAUGCUGAAAUGGGGUAACAUUGAAAUUCUUGAUCUAAGCCAAAACCGCUUAUCAGGCUCCAUCCCGGAGGUAACUGCUCAAUUUCUGCGUUUAAACUAUUUCAAUCUAUCCCGUAAUUCCCUGAAUGGUACCCUUCCGAAAGUUAUAACUCUGUUUCCGAAACUCACGGUCCUUGAUGCCAGUUUCAAUCAAUUGGAGGGACCUCUUCUAACUUCCCUUUUUAUAUCAUACACGCUCCAAGAGCUUCAUCUACAGAAUAAUAAACUUGCUGGAAAUAUUAAUUUUUCACCUCGCAUGGAUGAAUCAAAUUUUCGUGUCCUUGAUCUGUCUCGUAAUCAACUCAGUGGCUAUUUUCCUGAUGGGUUUGGUUCAUUGACUGGACUUCAAAUGCUCAACAUUGGAGGAAAUAAUUUUUCAGGCUCUCUGCCUACUUCCUUGGGUAAGAACAGCACCCUUACUUCGCUGGACAUUUCCCAGAAUCAUUUUACCGGUCCUCUGCCAAAGACCUUGCCUAACAGUCUCCAAAGCUUCAAUGCAUCAUAUAAUGAUCUCUCUGGGGUAGUUCCAGAAAAUUUGAGAAAGUUUCCACUAUCUUCAUUUUACCCUGGCAAUUCUGAACUGCAGUUUCCAAAUCCUCCUUCGGGCUCAAACCGUGGUCCAUCUGGAAAUCACCAUGGGAAACAUAUGAAAACUAUUAUCAUUGUGGUGGUAAUAAUUGCCUGUGUGAUUGCUGUAGCCAUUCUAAUCCUGCUUGCUAUUUUCAUUCACUGCAAGCGCGCAUCUAAAAGGCCUUCACCACAUGUUACAAACAAAGAUGUCCACCGUCAAACAUCAACAAAACCUUCUAGCUUUGCUGGAAGAGACAGUGGAGGCAGUUUGGUUGUUUCAGCUGAGGAUCUUGUAACUGGGCGAAAGGGGUCACCAUCAGAGAUUAUUAGUCCUGAUGAGAAAAUGGCUGCGAUUACAGGUCUCUCACCGUCGAAAACCAGCCAUUUCUCUUGGUCGCCGGAGUCUGGAGAUUCAUACGCUGCAGAUAGCCUUUCAAGACUGGAUAUUAGAUCUCCAGAUCGGCUGGCCGGGGAGUUGCACUUUCUUGAUGAGACAAUCUCAUUUACAGCCGAGGAAUUAUCGAAAGCACCAGCUGAAGUUCUGGGAAGGAGCAGCCAUGGGACAUCUUACCGGGCAACACUAGACAAUGGGUUGUUCUUGACUGUGAAGUGGUUGAGGGAAGGAGUUGCAAAACCAAGAAAGGAAUUUGCUAAAGAGGCCAAGAAAUUUGCAAAUAUAAGACAUCCAAAUGUGGUUGGAUUGAGAGGGUACUACUGGGGACCUACACAGCAUGAGAAGCUCAUUCUUUCAGAGUACAUAUCUCCUGGAAGUCUUGCGAGUUUCUUAUAUGAUCGGCCUGGAAGAAAGGGUUCGCCCCUUACCUGGGCCCAACGGCUUAAAAUAGCAGUUGAUAUUGCACGUGGCUUGAACUAUCUCCAUUUUGACCCCGCAGUUCCACACGGAAACCUUAAAACAAGCAAUGUACUACUAGAUGGCCCUGAUCUGAAUGCACGCGUUGCUGAUUACUGCCUUCAUCGCCUCAUGACCCAAUCAGGCACCAUUGAACAGAUUCUUGAUGCUGGAGUGUUAGGUUAUCGUGCACCAGAGUUAGGUGCAUCAAAGAAGCCCCUUCCCUCCUUCAAAUCAGAUGUUUAUGCUUUUGGAGUUAUUAUGUUAGAACUUCUUACUGGAAAGUGCGCAGGUGAUGUGGUUUCUGGUGAAGAUGGUGGAGUCGAUUUGACAGAUUGGGUUCGGUUAAGAGUUGCAGAAGGUCAUGGAUCGGACUGUUUUGAUGCUGCAUUGACACCUGAUAUGGGAAUUCCGGCAUCCGAAAAGGGAAUGAAGGAGGUCCUCGGAAUAGCUUUACGUUGUAUCCGUUCUGUGUCCGAGAGGCCAGGUAUCAAAACUAUACACGAGGAUCUAUCAUCGAUUUAGCGUCAAUUUGUUUUAGGAUCUCGUGGGAAUCAAUUAGCUCAUUGACUUCCCUUUUAUUAGUUAAAUUAGAGACGCAGGGUGACUCACUAGUUUUUCUUUUUCUUUCUUCUGACUAUUUCUGUAAUGAGGGGGGGUAUCUUCAUGCAUACAAGCUUUUCUUCUUGUUAAUGAGUUCAGGUCACUACUUCAAAAAUGUCUGUUUUGUUUGCUAAGGUUUAGCGCAAAGAAAUGGUUCAGAAGAAAUAUUUUGAUCAGGUUGAUUAAUGGAUAAUCUUGUUUGUUUC